AUGUUUUGUAACUCUGGACAAUGCGCCUGUCUGUCAACUUACAUAGCCGCAGCUUCAUAUUGUUACCAAAAAAUCGAUCCCGGACAGGCAGGUUGCUUACAUCACGAACAAUGUUUUUCUGUAUGGCCAGAUGCCUACUGUGAUACUUCAUCCGGAGUCGGAACAUGUCGUUGUGGAGAGAAUAAGAUAGAGAAAGCUACAAGAGAUGGUCAUGUAUGCUUGGAUGUGUAUGAUUCUAAUCAGAAUACAUUGGCCAUUACAUGUCCUCUUCCUGAAGGGGCAGGUUAUACAUCUGCUCUAUCUGAUCCCAAACAUCCGAAACAGAACAAUAGAUCAGGUCCUGUUCUAUGUAAUUCCGACAGUAUUCAAACAACUCAAUCACCUGAGGAGCUUGGAGAUGGUGCUGUAGCUUGUGUGGUGCCGUCCGAUGGAUCAUACAUAGCCGAUUUGUACGAUUGCGUAGAGUUCGUAUCUACAAUGGACUUGACUAGCCAAGGAUACAGUGAAAAAGCAAAUGGAAUCUGCUGUCCUAAUAGAGCUUUUACCUGUAUUCAACCAACUGCAACAGGACCUAAUCCAACUGAACCUCGUUGGUGGUACAAUGCGAUCACAGGAGUAUGUCAACAGUUUCUCUGGGACCCAACCGCUGUUGGUCCUGGUGAGCAUUCCCCGAACAACUUCCGAACAGUUGAGCAUUGUGAAAGUUACUGUCGCGAUUCUUGCAUUCGUGGAGCUUCGGAAUACGAGCAAAGGUCCAGCUUACUGGAGCAAACUCCCAUAACAGGAUGCUCUCAAGCAGUUUCUUGUGGCAAUCACUUUGAGUGCAAGACAGUUGGGAGCUCGCAAUGGUGUUGUCCUAGUGUUGCAACUGUUUGCGGAAUCGUAGGUGGACGUCCAUUAGAUCCAUCUAUUCAUACUCGUGAAACAGUUUACCAUUCAGGGGUUGAGAAACAAGGUACUUCUCCAUCUACUCGGUUCUUCUAUGAUCCAAACAGCGGAAAAUGCUCUCCGUUCACUUACUAUGGAGCUGGUGGAAAUUACAAUAACUUCCUAUCCAGAAUAGAUUGUGAACUAUUUUGUGCUCGACUUCAAUGUGACCGUGGUAACCCUUUGAGAAUCGGAGAUGUAACCCAAGGAUGUCAGAGCAAUGAUGAUUGUCCAUCAUCUCAUGAAUGUAAGGUUGAUCAAUCCGUUUGUUGCCCACGGAUGCAAACUAUAUGCACUCAACCACUGCUGAUGGGAAAUUGUGAUCGAUCGGUUCGUCGUUUCUACUACUCGGCUUCUACUCGGGAAUGUCAAUCUUUCGAGUAUACAGGAUGUCAAGGAAACGAUAACAACUUUGAAACCCUGGUUGACUGUCAAACCUUUUGUCGUAAUGCAGCACCUGAACCUCGUUGUUCACAAGGGCAAGCUUAUAAAGAUGCUUCCGGAAAAUUCGUGCUUUGCUCAAUCAACAGGCAGUCUUCAUCUUGUCCAGCAAACUAUGAGUGUCAUUUCGAUGGUACUAUGCAUGGCUGUUGUCCCACUAAAGCUUAUACUUGUUCUCUCUCAUUCCAUUCCGGAAAAACCUGUGGACCAGGAAUUUCAUUCAAAUAUUAUUAUAACACUCAGACACAAGAAUGUGAAUCCUUUGAGUACUUUGGUUGUGAUGGAAACUCCAACAACUUCAACUCCAGAACGGAUUGUGAGAACUACUGUGGCGUUGGAGGCUGUGCAAAUGGUGGAAUACCGUUGAGAGAUAGUUCUGGAAGCCUGCAGACCUGCAGCGAAAAGGAAGGUGGUUGCCCAUCAUCUCACGAGUGCCAGGCGGUUGCUCUUGGAAUUGAUAUAACCUCAUACCGUUGCUGCCCAACAAAGCGAGAUAUCUGUUCACUUCCCUCUCAAGCAGGCUCAUCGCUUUGUUCCGGAGGAUCUUCAGUAGUUUCACGCUAUUACUUCAACAUCGUCACGAGAAAGUGUACAUCAUUCGUGUACAAUGGAUGUGAUGGCAACCCGAACAACUUCGCUUCUCUGAACCAAUGCAACAACUUCUGUUUGGCUUCAGCUUGCAAGGCAGGAGAUGUUGUUUAUUUGAAUCCAAACACACAGCAGCCAAUCAGUUGCAAAGAUGAGUUACAGAACAAUUGUCCCAAGAAUUUCCAGUGUAUCUAUGAUCAACUAACUGAUCAAAGUGUUUGCUGUGGAGCUACUGAUAUGGGCGUCUGCCCUGAUGGGGAAAAGGCUUACAUUAAUGCGAUGGACACAACUGUUCGAGAAUGUUUGAUCAACGAACACAACUCUUGUCCUCGAGAUUACCUUUGCCGCUUCAACACUCUGAAAAAUCGUUACUUCUGUUGUGGAUCACUGAAGAAAAAUUAUUGUCCAUCUGGUCGUGCUUCAUUCAAAGACCAAGUGAGUCUUCAACCUCUAAGAUGUACCAUGAACAAGCUAACAUCUGGAUGUCCUGAUGGUUUUGAGUGUCAGAGCGAUCUGAAAGAUGCUUUACAAGGCUAUUGCUGUUCUGUAUCAGAUAUCUGUCCUAACAAGGAAGAAUACUUUGUGGAUGAAUCUUCCGGAAUGCCACGCUCUUGUACCAUCGGUCAUUUUGUUACUUGUCCUCAAGGGUUCACGUGUAUGACUCAUAAUGACGGAGCAGUUGGUUACUGCUGUAAGGGACCUCCAGUAAUAGCCCCCACGGAUGGAUGUCCUCCUGGAGAAAUUGUAUUCAUGGAAAGAAAUGAAGUUGUUAUCUGUGAUCCAUUCAACUCGAUGAAUCAAGGAUGCCCGGAAUCAUUCUCUUGUCAAUGGUCUGUUAGAAGUCAACGAUAUCAAUGCUGUGGAGUUGAAGUUGCUCCUGUUCAAAUCGAAAGUGACGGAUGUCCUUCUCGGCAAAUCGCUUUUAUUGACUUAGACACGAAGAAACCGAAAAUCUGUACUUCAGCCACCCACUUAUGUCCUACGGGUUAUUUCUGUCAAUUCAGUAAUGAUAACAAGCAAUUCCAAUGUUGCGGAAUACCAAGCCAAUGUCCUACUGGGAUGGUGGCAUUCAUAAGUAUGACAAGUGAACCGCAAGGUUGCUCCAUGCAGGGUGGACAACCAUGUCCUGAAGGAUUCUCUUGUGUGAAAGGAAAGUCCGGUAAUGAAAUUUGUUGUGCAGGAGGAGAAGCUUGCGACUCCUCUCAAGUUCGCGUCAAUGGAGAAUGUUUAUCUCGUCAGCCUAUUGGAUCGCCUUGUUUGGACAGCAUGCAGUGCGUUGGAGGAUCUUAUUGUCAGAAAGGGAAAUGUCGCUGUCCUUCAAAGAUGAAAGAAGAAGCUCAACAAUGUGUUCCUAUUGAAGAACUUCAAGGUUGUUCUGAAAGACAAAUUCUCGUGAAUGACGAGUGUCUCCCACUUGUCUCGCUGGGUAGAGCUUGCGUCCACAAUUUACAAUGCCCACGAAAUGCCAUCUGUAUUGAAGGAGUUUGUGACUGUCCGAGAGAUUAUAAACGAAAGGGAGAUGAUUGUGAUAAGCUGAUUAGGAAUACUAAACCAGUGAUAUCGCUCAUGCCAAAGCCUCAAAUGGAAGUGACUCAUAAACCUCUGGUUCUCAUGCCAACUACAUCAGCACCAAAAACGACUACCAGUGCUCCUGUCGAGAACUCCUUGUUCGAAGGUCUCUGCUCCACUGGUACACCAUAUAUGAACAAUGGCAUCGCUCGGAAAUGUCUUGCUGGUCAAACAUGUCCAUAUGGAUACCGAUGCUCGUUCAGCAAGACUGUCCAAGAAUAUUUCUGCUGCACGACUGGCUCUCAAGAUUUGAGAAGCACUAUAAUGAAAGAGGCAUGCGCUGUAGGAGAAGCAAUGAUCUUCCCCAAAACUGGUCAACCAGUGGUAUGCUCUCGUUUCCAGAGAUGUCCUGAAGGUUAUGGUUGUCGAAGAAAUACUAGAACUAGACAGUUCCAUUGUUGCUCACAAACCAGAACUCAAUUGGAUAUGGAAACCUACAUGUUAGAGCUCAGAAAGCAAGGAGGAGAAGUACCUCCGGGUGUGUAUUUAUCUCCGUUACGUCCUAACAUGAAGAAGAAGAAACCGGCGAAGACAAACUUUUCCGCGCCUUGUCCAGGUCACUUAGUUCUUUUCACAGAAGAAGUGAAAGGGAAAAUUAUCAGGAGAUGUCAAUUGAAAUGUCCUGUAGGAAUGUCUCCAGUUGCAGGAAUAUUUCAAUCUGCUUGUCCGGAUUAUGAAAUGUUCGGUUGCAUAACACCACAGCCGAGAAGACGAGGAAGUCCUCGUCUGGAUGAUGGCGACACUCAUUUGUCCAGAUCAUACUCUGAACGUGGUGUUGUCCGAAAUAUCAACAAGGCUGUAGCAGCUGGUUUAUCUCGACGACGAACUUCUUCCCUUCGCGAUCGAUCUUCACCAUUACCCCCUCCUUUGCCAGUACAUCGUCAUCAAGCUGCUCCAGAAGAGCUGAAGUCCAUACUCAUUAGCGGUAGAAAGUCGUCUUACCCUUGUUCGGAGUUGAAAGCGGUACCUUUACCAGUUGCGGGCAGAGUUCAAAUUGAACACCCAGAAGCUAAAAUGAAAAAACUUGAUAAGUGGAUGGGACAUCUAUUAUCAGAAGGCAACUCACGUAAUGCGGUACAAGAUCAUCGAUCUAACGGAUGGCAAUAUGCUGAUGAGGUUCAAAUUCGUGUUGCCCCACUAGCCACCGUUGAAGAGGAAGUUCGUUCACGCCCUCCUCCAAGACCAUCAAAAGCCGGAGUAGUUCUACAAAGCUUGCGAGAGCAGGAUAAUCCUCGUCGGAAUAUUCCUCCCUCAACGUUGAAUGUCCCGAAUUCUUCAUACGGAGGAGGCCGUAUAAGUCCUAAUAAUAUAAGCCCUUCUUAUAGUUCUUCUAUUGUAACAGAUUGCUCAUAUCUCACUCGAGAUUACAGGGAUGUGGAUGCUAGCUUAUCACCAAAUACAUUCCGUCCAAUAACUAACGACAACUCCUCUUUCCGCAGCCAACUGGAUGAGAUGAAUGUAGUGUUCUUACAAUAUAAUGAUGAAGUUAAACGAAGUAUUUUACCUCCACAUAUUGGAGGAUUAUCUCAAAUAAAAAUUGCUUUUCUACGAGCAUUUCCUAAUCUAGCUAGAAGUUAUAUAGAACAACCUAAUGUAAAAGUGUAUAUCCAAGAUCAAUCAAAGGCUGGCGCCCAAAUAUUUUAUGAACUUGAGGAUCCAAAAGACAUAAGGAACAAAUCAGUACUAAAGCUCAAGGAGAAGCACUAUAACGGACUACAUACAGGUCUCCAAUCACCUGUUAGAUUCCUGGAGCAACCGGACUACUUGUCUGAGACUGAGUAUGAUAGUGGAAGACCAAGAGUACCGACCGCGGUUGGAAGACCGGCUUCCGCGUUAGCACAUGCAGAUUUUGGACCACCUAAACCCAUUAGACAAAAAAGUUAUGAUCCUUACAUGGAUAACUAUGCUAGUGACAGUAGCUCCGUAAUGGACUCAAGAGCUUCUGUCACUAGGAGUGGAAGUACUACUCCAGUUAUAGAUCGAGAAUCCAGAGUUCGUAUGGAAACAAUGGAACGACAGCUAGCAGGACUUUCAAGUCUUGUUCAUUCAGCUUUGGUUAGCAAAGGAAUGAGUGAGACGGCUCAUAAGGAUAUGGCUGAACUUCGUAAGGAAAUUCUAGCUCUUCAUCCUGAAAUUCGGGAGUCAUCGGAAGAGCCAAGCUCUAUCCCUGAAAGUUUAACUUCUCAUACUCAUCAUCAAUUGGGAGCUUUAAAGCAUAAAAUACAACAAGCGAACACUGAAAUUCAUCAGCUACGUAGGACUGCACAGAUCAAUGCGCAGGCUGCUCGAACUUUGAUAAAAGAUGCUGGAGAACAGAUCACUCAUCUCAUACAAGAAAGAAUGGGUGGUGGAAGUUUUUCAGUUAGUAGUCGACAAUCUGAGAGCGAAAUCGAAGAACGAGAACGUGAACAGCAUGCGGAAAGAUUAGCUGAUCUACUGAAGCAAUUGACCGACUUCGAGCAGAAUGUCGAGUUAGUCCGAAGUAGUGUUUUACAAACGAAUAAGAAACUUCGAAUGUCCGAAGUAGAACAAAUGACGGAAAAUCUAACAGAAAUAGGGAGAACAGCUGCCGCCCUCAAGACUGAAUUUCCACCUAUCCAACAAUCUAUUGAGCGUAAGCUUAAAUCGGAUAUGGAAAGAAUCGUGAGGGAAGAGAAGUUCAUCAAAGAACAAACAGCUGCAGUGGACCAAACAUUACGAAGGUGCAAAGGGUUAGCCAAUAUCAUGGUUACUAUGAAAAAACUGGCUAUGGUUCAAGAUCCUUCUUUGAGAUCGAAAAAGGAUAAAGAAGCUAUAGCUGCUCCAGCUCCUUCGCUGGUACCUUCCACCACAGUUGUUACAAACGCAGUCAACACAAUACAGACUACGACCCCUCCCGUUACACAACCAUCUUUUUCUGGACCUCCCGACAUUUCCAACGAGCGCCCUGCGACAUUUACACCCACGGUUGAUGUGAAGAACCCACCUAAUAUAGUAGAGGCAUGCCCUCCUGUCCCACCUGCUCCAAAAUAUUACCAAUCGCCAGCAUCUAGUUUGGAUGGUGUGUUAGAUGAGGUCGGACAACCAGGACAGCCUCCCCGCCCCCCAAGUCGUUUUUCCGUAACCGAUGUCCGAAACAAAUUCACAAAGGCCCCAGAAAUUCCUGACCAGUUAAAGAACUUAAUACAAGAAGUGGCCAGACGUCCUUCACCAGCUCCUGAUAGAGAUGUGAUAGCGGAGCGAAGACAUGACUUGGAAGAACGACAAGAGAGACUUGCUGAGAAGCAAAAGCAAUUGAAGAACCAAUUCCAACAACUACAACAGUUAACUCCAUUGCCUUGA